AUGGUCGAAGAGCGAGUAAAACCCUGUCUCGCAUGCCAAGUUGCAACCCCGGAGGCAGCACGUGAGCCGUUACAAAUGUCUACUCUGCCCGAUCAAGCGUGGGACGAGAUAAGCGUUGACUUUGCUGAACACUCAACAGGGGACUACCUCUUGGUGGUAUCUGACGACUACUCACGCUAUCCAAUUGUUGAAGUUAUUCGUUCAGUGGCAGCCCAAGCUGUAAUUCUUAAACUCCAACACAUCUUUUCACAAUUUGGCAUUCCAGGAAUUCUGAAAUCCGAUAACGGUCCGCCGUUCAACUCCGAAGCCUUUGCAACUUGCGCCGCUAACCUGGGAUUUACCCACAGAAAGAUCACUCCCUAUUGGCCAAGAGCCAAUGGCGAAGUAGAGCGGUUCAUGAGGACGGUAAAGAAGAUCGUGAAGAUUGCACUUACACAGCAGAAACCAUGGCGAGAAGAACUAACCAACUUCCUUCGGAACUUCAGAGCUACACCACACAGCUCAACUGGAAAAGCCCCAGCAACAGCUUUCUUCAAUCGCCAACUCCGAACUAAGCUACCCGAUGUACACACCAAUGCACGGGACCCGGCCGAGAUCCAAGAGACGGACCAGAAAGCCAAAAGAAAGAUGAAGGAAUAUGCUGACUCGAAAGCAUACGUCAAGCCAUCAAGAGUACGACCUGGCGAUACCGUGGUCCUAAAGCGUGAUCCCUCACAUCGAAAGUCCGAAACCCCCUAUGAACCAAAGCCAUACAAAGUAAUCAGCUGCAAAGGCUCGAUGGUAACCGCCACGCGGGGAGAAAAGACAGUGACCAGAAACACGUCGUUCUUCAAGCUCGUCAGACAACAAAAUGAAGCAACGGAAGGCGACUCUACCGAUGGAGAACAUGAUAACCUCGAAGAUACGGACGGUGAACCGGACAACAUUGCACAGGCUGAAGAACAGCAACAAGAACCUCACCGUUAUCCUCAACGCGUUCGAGCGCCACCAAGACAUCUAGCAGACUAUGCAUAG